AUGGCUAUGCUGGGAGUGAAGAAGGGCCUUACUGGGCCCUUUUCGGCUGCCAGGGUACUCUGCAACUGGGGAAGAGGAAAAGCUCACUGGCCAGUUCCCGAGCUGAAGCAAGAGGAGCUAAUAGGAAUUUGCCAAGUGGGCCAUCUCCAGUUACAGGUGCCAUGCCUAGAUCUAGGGAGGCUGGGAGAUUCUGAUGAAGAGCAGAAGACAAUACCAGAAAAUCUUCCAUCCCCAACAGACAGAUAUAAACUGAAGUAUUGUCAGUAUGAAGCAGAUAUAAAGGAAGAAUAUAAGCAGUAUUCUCAGAGAAUCGCAGAAAAGAAGAAAGACCACCUCCAGUGUCCAGAAGCUUCAAUAAAGGGUACACAACUUGAAGAUGGACAUAGUGAUGAUCUUACAGCUCUUGAUGAGAAAGCUCUCCUGCAACAAUGCUACACAAGCAAGCCCUGUAAUAUGUGGCACAGUAUAAGGAAAUCAGAAGCUGAGGAUGUUGCUGCAGAGAGGAGAAAACAGGCUGUAGUAGAACAAGUGAUGGUGGAUCAAUUAUCUAGAGCUGUUAUAAGUGACCCAGAGCAAUCCAUGCAUGCUGAUGUUUGCAAGGAAGCUCGUGGACUUUGGGGAUUUGGGACAGCACCAAUGCGUUUUAGAAAAAGAACACUGCAUGAAACAAAAAUAAGGACAAAAUCAGGAUUAACUGAAAACAUGCUCUCUAACAAGCUACACUUUGAUAGUAGGAUUAUAUCGAGAAAUGGUCGUGAUGCUUGUAGAGAGUUGAUUGGAUUUUUUUUCACAUGUGACAGAUCCCUUACUGUGUAUGAAUUUCGACAGUUUGGAAAAAAUAGAACAAAUGCCUUGCCUUUCAUUCAGAAGGGAGUUUAUCAACAUCAACGUGGACAAAAGAAGGGAAAAGCUUAUGAUCUUAGUGACUUCUAUAUUGGAGCUAACCUAACUUUCCGAAGUUUUGAUCAUAACCUUCCAGAAAGUUUUAAGCAGAACCCAGUUCUCACCCUUCGCGUGAUAAGUAUUGAUGAAGCAGCUAUGGAUUUUCUAAAAGCUUCUUCUAUGGAAUUCAAGCAAGAGUGUUCCAAGCAAGUGGUUGAUAACAACAAAGUUUUCAAGAAGAUUCAAGGUGUACUCAGAAAGACAAUAAGUAAAAGAGCAGUUCGGGUUAUAACAGGCUUAGGAAAGUAUUUCCGACACAUAGACAAGAACAGAAAUGGUUUUCUCUCUCAGGCAGACUUUAAAGAAGCUCUAAAAGUAUUCCAUUUGGAAAUACCUGAAGGGGACUUUGAAUCCUUGUGGCUUAUUCUUGAUGAUAGCAAGAGCGAUAAGGUCGACUAUGGAGAAUUUACCCGUGCCAUAUUUGGAGAAAUGAAUGAAUACCGCAAAGCAUUUGUAAGAAAAGCUUAUAUGAAACUAGAUUUCAACAAAACUGGGAGUGUGCCUAUGGUAGAUAUCAGAAAAUGUUACUGUGCAAAGAAACAUCCUCUAGUAUUGGCAGGCAAAGCUACAGAAGAAGAAAUUAAAUUGUCAUUUCUAGAAACAUUAGGAGAGUCCUGCAGCAACCCCAAUGAAGUGUCCUAUUCUGAGUUUGAAGAUUAUUAUGAAGGAUUAAGUAUUGGAAUCAUGGAUGAUGAGGUUUUUGUUAAUAUUUUAAGGAACCCUUGGGGAAUUUAG